UAUCUUUCCCUUCCAGCAAACCACACAACACAGCAGUAACUUCAGAAAAUUAAAAGGAAAAAAGAAAGAAGAAAGUGGAAAGGAAGAAAGGGAGAAGAGAAAAACGGAAAUGGAGGAAGAAGAAAAGGGAGAGGAAGGGGCCGUGCUCUAUCGAUGCCACUGCACCGCUGCCACCAUGCCACGCCUCGCCGUCGAAGUUCGACACUGCUGCUGCUGAUCGCGAAGAGAGAGAUAGCAGUGCCGAGAAGGAGGGUUCGAGGGAGCAACUGCCUAACGCGAGCUAGAGGAGCUCGUCCUCUCCGUCGGAGGAGCUACUUCCAGCCAUCGUCGUCGUUGUCGUUUGAGCCGCUGUCACUAGAGAUGCCCGAGGAGAGAGAGAUGACGCGACGGGAGAAAGGGGUAAGCCACCUGCGAUGCUGCCAGAGCUCCUGUCGCCGUCAGAAGCUGCCACCACCGCUGCGUCCAGCUGCAGUCGCCUGCUCCGUCACUGCUCCUGGAGGUGGGUCGUCGAGCCUCUGCCGCCGGAAAACACCUUUGCCGCCGUCAAGAUCCACUACCGUUUUAGUCACCAUCGCCGGAGUCGGGUUGCCGCUGCCGCUUGAGGUGGCUGCCGAGGCCGCUGCCAAAUUGGUUCAGAGACCGCCGUUGCUUUGUUUUGUCGUUACAGUUAGUAUUUACAUUUCAAAAACCUUCGCGUUAGUGUUCUGCUCCGUGUAAUAAAGUCUUGCGAUAUUAAUGUGUUAGAAAUUAGUAACCGAGAUUGUGUGUAGCGAUUGAGGCUGUUUCUAUUAUUGAAAAAGCAAGCGGAGCUGAGGUUUUGGUUGUCGUCGAUUCAGGUUGAGGCGAAAGGAACUCUGUGAGGCAUUUGGUUAUGGUUUACUGUAUUGAGGUAGGGGCCUUUUUAGAAAACUACACUUUAUGAAUUGGAAUUAUUAUAUAUGGAUAUUGAUGUGAGAAAAUGUAUCUUUGAGUGAUUGUAUAAGUUUUAUGUAUUAUUGGUUGUCUUGGAUGAGUA